UCAGCUCAAUCGUACUCCAUCGUUUUCAUCUAUGAAAUAAACUCGAUUCGGUGUGCUAUAACGUCUGAACAGCCCUCAACAACAUGAUGCAAAUACACGUGCAACAUCAUCUAAACCCUCAACCUCUUCUCUCCCUCUCAGCUGAACUCCAUCCAUCCACGGUCUCCAUAUCCCUACCCCCAUCUUCUCCUAUCACUCAUUCCACCCUCCACUCAGCCCACCCUCGAUCUUCAUUGUUUUGCUUCAUUGUAUCAUCAUGUCUAGUAGCUUAGAAAGUCGGUGUAUCAGGCUUGAAGCUCUCGUUGGACAGAAUCUCCAAGUCCCUUCUGACCGCAUUCCCGCUGGCAUUUACAUAUCCAUCAAUGUCGACUCGAGAAGACGCUGGAAAUCAGCCAUAAGUGUCUUAUCAUCCGACGAAUCUGUAGCGUGGGGAGAUACCGUGACCCUAUCAUCCCACGAGUCACCUGCAUUAUCAGUGGAGAUCAGGGCGUCUUACGAGGUCGACCGAAUGCUUGGCAAUGGUGAAGUCAUUGGAAAACUUCAAACAUCGUGGGAUGAGUUGCUCGAUCAUGAUGCAGAUGAGCCAUUCGAACUGUCCUUCCCGCCCGUUUAUGGUGUCAAUCCUUCGCUUACGCUGAAGGCCACUGUUGUACACGCUAACAAUAAUCAGGACGGCACACUAUUUGAUUCCCUCGUAGACUGCGAAAUUGCUCAAGAGACAGAUGCGGGCCACGCACGAUUUGCUGAAUACAUGUCCAGCAGGAUGGUCUCUCACCUGAACGAUGCUUUACAUCAUUUUCAGUUGGUUCUGGACUGCUGUCCGGUCGACCAUCCUGACCACGCAGCGGCUCUCACCAACCUCGCGUGGGCCCGCCUUCGAGGUUAUAUUCGAAACGAUCUUGAAGACAUCGAUACCACCACUUCCCUCUUACGUGGAGCCCUUGCAUUGCGUCCACAGGGUUAUCCCGACUACACAAUAUCUCUCUAUAAUAUCAUUUUCGCAUUAAACUGGUACUACAGCAAGGAGCGGACCACCGACUAUAUUCGCGAAUCUUGGCAGCUAUGCUGCAAACUACUGCCCCUCUGUCCAGAGGGCACCUACCUUCGUAGCAUCGGUGUAGACAGUGAGGUUGAUUUUGUGAUCAACGAAUGUAAUAAUCUUUCGAUCGAUGCAUCUGACGAAGGCAUCCUCCUUCUACGAGUCGUGCUCGAACGCCGUCCUCUGGGCCAUCAACAUCGUCCCGUUGCCCUCACCAGGCUUGCACAGGCAGUCCAAGCAUGUUUUCUACGACGCGGCAGCAUUGAUGAUAUAGACGAGAGCAUACAACUUGGUCGUGAAGCCGCUUCUCUGUGCCCUGAGGGACAUUCUGACCGUGGUGCCUACCUGAACAACUUGGCCUUCUCACUCCAAUCCCGCUUCAAUCACCAAGAUAAAUCUCAUGACCUCAACGAGGCCAUCUCCAUGUACGAAGAAGCGCUGCGCCUGUGUCCUGUUGGGCAAGAAACUCGUGAUUGCUCAUUGGACAACCUAGGGGGCGCCCUCCGCACCCGUUUCGACAAACGCGGUGAUGUUGAUGACAUCAACCGAGCUGUCAGCCUAUAUCGUGAGGCACUGACGUUGCGCCCACCUGGGCAUCCACGUCGCGACUACACACUUAAUAACCUUGCCCUCGCGCUCGACACCAGAUAUGACGAAUUUCAUGUCAUCGAGGAUCUUAACGAGGCCAUUGAGCUGUAUCGCGAAUCUCUUCGGUUGGCGCGGCUUGAUGAUCCAGAACGCCAUAGAACUCUUUUCAGUUUGAGCUCGGCGCUCUGCUCUUGUUUCACACAAACUGAGAAGAAUGAAGAUAUCGAGGAUGCCAUUCGGCUCUGCCAAGAGUCAUUGGAGGCUUUGCCUUCUCUACACCCAGAUAGAAGCAUCAGUCAUGCAUGGCUGCAGCAGGCCUAUCUAUCUCGUUACCAAGUGCAACACAACCCUGCUGACUUGUCACUAGCAGUGGAGAACUUCAGACUGGCAUCUAGACACCCCACUCGAGGAUUCCCAGACCGCAUCAUUCAGGCAUAUAAUUGGACUCUCGCAGCGGAGCAGCAUGGUGAUGAAUCCGCACUGGAGGCUUACUCAACAUUUUUCGAGCUUCUGGAUGCUCAUUUGGGAACACGAUCAUCAGCCACUUCGCGGCGCGAAGCUUCCACUGUCUUCCAUUAUGCCAGAUCACUACCUGGAGAUGCAGCAUCGUGUGCCAUCCGCAGUGACAACCUACGACACGCAGUCGAACUGUUGGAGCAGGGCCGUGGCCAACAGUGGUCGUUGGCCUCUCGACUCAAGACUCCAGUUGAUGACCUCGAAUUGGAACAUCCACAUCUAGCCCACAAAUUUUUGGAGCUGAGCAAGCGUGUUUCCGACGCUGCCCAGGAUUCUUCAACCAUCACUGACAGAGCUGCAGCUGAAGUAGCAGAAACACAGUAUAGGAGAAUUACGACGCAAUGGGAAGCUGCGGUAACUGAGAUACGCAAUCUUCAAGGUUUCUCGCGGUUCCUGCUCCCACUGUCUUACGAAGACUUGCAAGCGGCAGCGCGCCAUGGCCCAGUCAUCAUCCUCAUUGCGAGUGAAUACUCAUGCAGCGCCAUUAUUGUCCCGACAUCAGGACAACCCCAUCACGUUCGCUUCCCGCGCAUCACUGUCGCAGAUCUGGAGAAGCUCAAGGACGACUUCGCUACGGCAAUCCGGCACGCGGCUCGUAUGCACCCAGCGGAGCCAAGGAAGAAGUUGCGAGUACGCUUGCGGAUAUUGUGGGACGAGAUCAUGCUACCCAUCGUUAACGUCCUCCAGCAUGGCCUGAAAUUGCAGCAUCGGUCUCGAAUAUGGCUAUGUCCGACGGCAGCCUUCACGUCCAUUCCUCUCCAUGCAGCUAACUCCUUCCGAAUGAAUGCAGAUCGCUCUGGGAGCGAGCCAUGCCUGGAGGAUCUCUACAUCUGCUCUUAUACACCCACACUUUCAGCUCUUAUUAGAGCUCGGCAGGCAAUGAAGAUGCGUGCGACUCCGUCUUUCGCGGCAAUUGGACAAAGUCAACCGGGCGCAGGGCAAGGCGACGUGCUCCCGGCUGUUGACAGCGAGCUCGAACUUGUCCAUACACUCAUUCCUCCCAACAUCAAGUUCACCAAUAUUUCGAAAGACGAAGCCACACAAGCAGGUGCGCUCAACGCUCUGUGGUGCAACACCUGGGUGCACCUCGCUUGUCACGGCAAGCAAGACCUUGAGCAGCCUUAUAACUCAUGUUUCGCCAUGAGAGACAAACCUGUUACGCUGCUUGAUAUCAUGGAGAACAAUUCUCCGCAAGCUGAAUUUGCAUUUCUAUCUGCAUGUCAUACCGCUGUUGGCGAUGAAGAGACGCCUGACGAAGCCAUCCACCUCGCAGCCGGACUCCAGUUUUCAGGGUUCAAGAGUGUCGUUGGCACGCUGUGGGGGGUUAAUGACGCUCUCGCAAAACACGUGGUGGAAGCUUUCUACGAGAAGAUGUUCGAGGAUCUGGAGGACGGCGUCAUAGACUGUACGAAGGCGGCCUGGGCACUCAAUCGUGCUGCAAACGCCGUGAUGACGAAAGUGCCGCUCGAGCAGAGGAUGGUGUUUAUCCAUAUCGGUGUGUAGUUUAACGUUGUUGUAUUACUUUCAUCUGGUACAAAUUUACGAAUCAUUGGUUCUCUACCCUCCUGUGCUCCCUUCAAGUGGUGGUAUUAGUAAUUUCAGGCUGUCGUUGUGACGCCGUGGCACAUUUUCCCUGCUUCAGUUGAUGGUGCUUUCGGGAUUGGCGUCUAUUUCAUGGUAGCCUGGAGACUCUCUGUAUAGUCAGACUGUCAGGCAGCGAACGAAAAAAAAAACUGGCUCGAAAUACUUGCCAGGCCAGGAAUGCACUGGCGCUUUAUUGAUUAUCCUUUGAGAAGCCUGAGGUCAACCUCGUUCUAGCAGGAGCGAUUAGGGGAGUUCAAAGCUGGAUUUCGAAGCCGAUUUGGACGUGGAUUUGGACGUGGAUUUCGGAUGGAUUUCAGCUGGUCAAACGGCAACAUUCGGCAAGGUGAGU